UGAUUUUGCACUUUGCAGUUUGCAGUGUAAUUUCUCCCUUUAUUGACUUUCCAUUGGGUAGAAUGAGUGGUUCUUAGAUAAUGAAUAAUGAUAUCAAUAAUUUCGUGCCAUCGCUUUUAAACCCCAGGACUAUAAAUAAAGAAAAUUUCUCGUUGACUCAGAAUUCAACAGUCAGUUGUUGUUCAUUGUCCUUAAAAAGAAACAUUGGCUUGGCUAAAAGGGAUACUAACCAGACUGUUCCUGCAAAGAAAAAGUUGUUCAGCCAAGACAACAGAAGACAGUGCAACACCCAAAAUACAUCAGUUUGUGCAAAAUCUAUUAGUACUCUUGUAGAUUUAGACUUAUCCGGAUUUGAAGAAGAAAAAGAAAACAGCAACCAUGUAAAUCCUAUAUUUAAGAACCUUUCUACUAAGCGGCUUUCCUUUUUCAACAAUAUUGAUUUAGCCAAUGCCAGCACUGUAAAUCUAUCGUCAUUAGAUGAUCUUGAAACACAUACACACAGAGAAGCUAAUAGGAAUCUACGAAAUGAAGUUGUAACAAGUACUGCUACUAAUACUUUAUUAGCUCAGGACCAAUGCAGUCUUGAAUUCUCUGUUUUCGAAGACAUACAACCCAUUUCAGACGCUAGUCAACUCAAGAAUAUAGAAAUUCAAAAUGUAGUCUGUAAUCAUUCUUUGAAAAGUGGUUCUUCUGCCACUCAGCUAUACAAAUGUGAAGACACAAUACUUCACGAAUUAAACGAAGAAUCUCAUGUCGCAAUCUCGUUUGGUAUACAAAACUGUGAAUUUGUCGAUCUGACCACCAAAAAUUCUAAUAUUAAGAAAGUUUCUAUUACGCAUAAGGAUAACAAUUUUAAUUUAGAUUGCGAGAUAGUGGAAUGCACUCCUCUUUCCACUGAGAGCGAGUACGACGAAAACAUGAACGAGACAACUAAUACUUCUCACAAGAGGUCUGGCGUGGCUGUGAACCUAGAAAUUAAAAAGAAGAAACUGGCCACUGACACAGAAAACUCUAAAGUUCUUAUUUUGAAAACAGAUGCCAUUGAGAAACUGUCGCACGUCAUUGUUCAGCCGCAAAAUUGUAAAUUAGUGAAACGUCAUUUGAAUAAAAGUAAAUUUGGUAGCAGCAACAAUAAUUUUGGUAUUGGAAAGAAUGGGAAAAGUGGUAACUUGAAACAAAAGCCGAUAACUUCGUUUUUCGCUAAAGACUGUAAAGAGGCAGCUAGUGAUAGCGCGCACGAUGUUGCGAUAGUCGAGAAUGAUGCUGUGGAAAUGAGCAAGAUCACGGGUGUGUCUGAUUCCAAGUGCAGCCGACCUUUCAGACCAGAGUGGAAAGGCGAACCAUCCCCACGAUGCCGCGUGGCCUCCGUCCCGAAGCACUCCGACAGUCGGUCCCGGGGCAUACCGAACAGCGCGCGGUCCAACUCGCCCUUCAAGCAUUUGGAGCCGUUCACCCUUUCAGCCAAGACUAAGUCCACCAGGAACUUUGGCUCGGCGAAGACUAUUCCGCAUUAUAAGAUCGUGGCAGGCACCCAUUUCGCCGUGGACGCGUUUUCAUACGGAGACAUACCUAGCGUGAAACAUUAUUUCUUGACGCAUUUCCACUCCGAUCAUUACUCUGGGCUUAAGAAAAAUUUCAGUAAAUUGUUGUAUUGCUCCAAAAUCACAGGUGAUUUAUGCGUAUCCCGAUUGGGAGUGAACCCGAAAUGCAUCCACGUCCUCAACAUGGAGGAGACAAUGAGGAUCGAGGGUGUCGAGGUUACCGCUGUCGACGCGAACCAUUGUCCCGGCGCGGUCAUGCUGUUCUUCUGUUUACCCAACGGGAUGACUAUCCUCCACACAGGAGACUUCAGAGCAUCACCGGCCAUGGAGUCCUACCCUGUCUUCUGGAACAGCGACGUUCACACCAUCUACCUCGACACUACUUAUUGCAACCCCCGCUACGACUUCCCGACUCAAGAGCAAAGUCUAGAGAUGGCCCUGUCUUUGCUGCGGGCGAAGAAAACAGCGCUGGAGAAAACCGGCAAAAAGUUCUCUUCCGUCCUCAUAGUCUGUGGCACUUAUACUAUAGGUAAAGAGAAGUUUUUUCUCGGCAUGGCGCGCCGCGUCGGCUGCUCCGUGUGGGCUUGCCCCGAAAAGGAUAAGGUACUUCAAACGGUGGAGGGGCGUAGUUUCUGCACCUCGCCGCCGCACUCGUGUCAACUGCAUGCGGUCCCGAUGAGAGAUCUUAGUCACGAGAAACUGAAGAGCUACUUGGAGAGUUUGAACGGCGCCUUCACCGAGGUGGUGGCCUUCAAGCCGAGCGGGUGGGAGAACGGCAAGAACACCACCGUGGAGAAGGACAUGGUCACCAUACACGGCAUACCAUACAGCGAGCAUUCCAGCUUUUCGGAACUAAUCCGCUUCGUCAAGUUCCUGAAGCCGAAGCAGGUCGUGCCCACCGUUGACAUCUCGGGCGGAGUCAAAUCUGUUCAGAAGUACUUCCCCUGUCCCCUGGUGUACCAGGACGACGGCCACAACCAGAGCAAAGUGACGGAUUACUUCUGCAUAGAGAACCGACAGCAGGUCCCGGCUGUCACUUGAUGUCACGGCUGGAGCGUUCACGCGCCGCUUCCGAUCCGACGCUUAUACAUCUGCUUUAAGAUUUUUAUACCAACACUCCAUGGGUAGACUCCAAGGAUUUGUCCUUAACCUUUUGAACGCCACAGACGGCAAUUGACGUCAACGCAAAAUCGUGACAACGACGCCAAAAGACGGCAUUUGACGUCAAUCGUUUUUUGAUGAAAAUCUACUGAAAAACACCCCACUUUCAGGUUGGCAUUAUUUAUUCACAAAACCAAAUUUUACCCCCGUGGCGUCUGGCACGGCAAAUGGAUGCGCCGUUUGGCGUUCAAAAAGUUUAAGGACUGGUAUCCAGGCCAUAAUUGUUUAAUUAAAUGUGGCUUUCCACCAGAGAAGGGCCUUUAUGCUUCAUGUAUAGGAUCAUUCUAUCAAAAUCCCUGUUGGAAGUUCUGAUGAAAUGGUCCUUAUUGCACUGGAAGCAUUGGACCCUUCUCUGUGGAAAGCCACAAAUAUGCCUUGAACCUGGAAUUCAAGCUGGAUAUUCCGUCCAUGCUAUUUAGUUGAGGCGUGAAAUAUAAACUUACUAAUCUAAACUAUUUUGCAAGUAUUUCUACGAGUAUUGAAUGUACAGAUGUAGCACAUAAUUGUUUUCCAUCGUAUGUUCUCGGAAACGUUCGUAUUUGUCAUGCUACUUCAGUCAAAGUCAUUACUUUGUGUGACACUGACUGAAAUAGGACACGUUCGUAUAGGGAUGUUGCGGAUGCAGAUUUUUUGACAUCCGCGGAUGCGGAUGCGGAUAUUUAAAGUAUUUGGUACUUAAAAAACGUCAAAUAUUACAUUUUUAGCAUUUUUUAUUGAAAAAAAAAACGAAACGUUUAGUAUUUGAGCAAGAAUAUAGGUGCGUUUUAUUUAAUAAACAGUAACUUGGCCGACUUUUCGGGAUCUAGACGAUUUCGUUAUAUACAUAUAAUGACGAAAUUACCUAGCACUUACGCCGCCGGCGCCGCCGCUAAUACGUUCCUGUUACCGACUUGGUCGACAUCCGCAUCAUGCGGAUGCUCCGCAUCGAUUUUAUGCGGAUGCGGAUGUUGAAAAUCAUGCGGAUGUUCCGCGGAUGCGGAUGCGAAUAUCCGCAACAUUCCUUGUUCGUACGUUUCCGUGAAAAUACGAUGGAAAACAAAAUAAAUUAUUAUGCAAGAAAGUAUGAAGUCAUUCAAGGUAUCGUCAUCUCAAUGGAAUAGCCUAGACGGAAAAUAGGGUUUGAAUGUAAAAUCAUUUGUGAAGUACUCGAAAAAAAUCUAACAAUUUCGACUAAUAUGGGUUUCAUUGUAUUUUUUUUCUCUGUCGCGCGAAAUAAUAAAAUAAGCAGGAUUGAUAAAGAAGACCGAAAACGGAUCGGACGCAGUGCGCAAGCACUCCUGUUUCGACUAGAAAUUCGAUACAGUAUUAUUAUUAGGUAUUCUAUAAGCUGCCAUGAGACUGUGAUUUUUGAUAUCGUAUUUUAGUUGUUAAUUUUUUUUUUAUGACUGGGUUGUGUUCGGUUAGUAAUAAAAAUUGUUAAAAUCUA